UAUACACACGCAUACCCGCCCUGGUACAGGCUGCACACUUUUCCUCCAUCUGAUGAACAGUCCUGCACACACAAUGAUUACGGGGAAACAUAAAUAAAUACGGAAAAAGGGUUGCUUAUUUUGACUACUGGAAGAGAUUUGCUGGGUCUCAGCGCAACUUUUGUUUUUAUUACUGGGAAGGUGAUCUCUCCGGGUGGGUCUCUGUUACUUGAGGAUUCUUUGAAAGAAGAGAGACCAAGAGAGGGGAGAACAAUCUUUCACUUUAAGAGACCGGCGGGGCUCAAAGAAGGAAGGGGGAAGGCUGCAGCUUGGAAGCCACCGCUGCAGCGUUUUGGAAAAGACGCUUCUGACCCAUUUCUUGUGCACCGAGGCCCGUUUCUCCACCGAAGUUGGCUCCAGCUCUAGCAGCCGCAUUGGAUCCCACAGCUUACUGCGAGACUCCGGUGUACAAUCCGGAUCUCUGCCCCAACAUGAUCGCGGCGCAGGCCAAGUUGGUCUAUCAUCUGAACAAGUACUACAACGAGAAAUGCCAAGCCAGGAAAGCUGCCAUUGCCAAAACUAUCCGGGAAGUCUGCAAAGUUGUUUCUGACGUCCUGAAAGAAGUGGAAGUGCAGGAACCGCGGUUCAUCAGCUCCCUCAACGAGAUGGACAAUCGCUAUGAGGGCCUCGAAGUCAUUUCUCCCACUGAAUUUGAAGUGGUGCUUUACCUUAACCAAAUGGGGGUCUUCAACUUUGUGGACGACGGCUCCCUGCCUGGCUGCGCGGUGCUGAAACUGAGCGACGGGCGCAAGAGGAGCAUGUCCCUCUGGGUGGAAUUCAUCACCGCCUCUGGCUACCUCUCGGCGCGCAAAAUCCGCUCGAGGUUUCAGACUCUGGUGGCUCAGGCGGUGGACAAAUGUAGCUACCGGGAUGUGGUAAAAAUGGUGGCCGACACCAGCGAAGUGAAACUGCGAAUCCGAGAUAGGUACGUGGUGCAGAUCACCCCGGCUUUCAAAUGCACCGGGAUCUGGCCCAGGAGUGCAGCCCACUGGCCCCUUCCCCACAUUCCCUGGCCCGGCCCCAACCGGGUGGCGGAGGUCAAAGCGGAAGGCUUCAAUCUCUUAUCUAAGGAGUGCCACUCUCUGGCCGGUAAACAGAGCUCGGCCGAGAGCGACGCCUGGGUGCUGCAGUUCGCCGAAGCAGAGAACAGACUGCAGAUGGGGGGCUGCCGAAAGAAAUGCCUCUCCAUCCUCAAAACCCUAAGGGAUCGCCACCUGGAACUGCCGGGUCAGCCUCUGAACAAUUACCACAUGAAGACUUUGGUUUCCUACGAGUGUGAGAAGCAUCCCCGGGAGUCGGACUGGGAUGAGUCUUGCCUAGGCGAUCGGCUGAACGGGAUUUUGCUGCAGCUCAUCUCCUGCCUGCAGUGCCGGCGGUGUCCCCACUACUUCCUACCGAACUUAGAUCUGUUUCAAGGCAAACCUCACUCGGCGCUGGAGAACGCUGCCAAACAAACGUGGCGCCUGGCAAGGGAGAUCCUAACUAACCCCAAAAGUUUGGAAAAACUUUAGAGAGGGUAAUUUAAUCAAGAGCCCAGAAUCAAGAAGUGAUUCUGUUUCUCAAAGUCCGCAAUUAGUUGGAAGCUUCCCUAUCGACCAACCUCUACUAUUCCAUUUGACAGUGCAAACAAUCUCUUCCUUAAAAAGGAAGAAUAAUACAAUGUUUAGGCGUCAUCUCUUUGGCCCCUCCAAGGGGAGGAAAAAAACCCAGGGGCAAUGGAGAGAGUAAAACCCUAACCUACAAGUGUUAGAAGAUUUCUUGACAACGGAUUUCAUAUCUCCCUUGAAAAAUACACAGUGACACCUCCACAAUAAUCGGCUUUAAUGCAAGACCACAGUGAACAUUCUGCCUAACUAUCCAAGGAUUAGAGCAAUCCUUGUGAUUUAGGCGCAUCUGUCUGUGAGUAAACACCACUUGAAAAUGCCAUCAAAGGGGAAAGUGUAAUGUAUAUUUUGAUUUGUAACAAAUAUUGUGAUCUCACAUUGUCUUUGCAAGUGUGGAUGUUGGUGUUUUGUGAUUUGGUGAACAGAAUUAAACUGAAUUGCCAUUUUGGAUCCUUCCAGACAUUUUCCACUAUCGAUACAUUGAAAGGUAGAUUUCCUCCUGGUACUUUUAUCUGUCUUUGACAUUGUCUGAGCUUUUAAAAAGUUUACAUUUUGUUUCAAAUAUAUUGCUUGUUCUAUUUCUAACAUUCCAUAGAGAUACUUGAAAUGUUAUUUAAAUAUAUUCAAAGAAAUUUGAAUUCAGCUUAUAUAAUAACGCUUGAAUAGCUGAAUUAUAUAUUUGAAAAAUGCACUUGAAAUACACUGGAUAAUUACUUUUGUGAUUUAGAUUUUAAGUUCUGUUGCUGGUUUUUAUUUAAUUAGAAGCUAAUAAAUGAGUAAAAUAAAA